AUGGCGGGUGUAAGCAGUUGCAUGAAGUACUCCAUGUUCAUCUUCAACUUUGUAUUUUGGGUGUGUGGUUCCGUUAUUUUGGGAGUCUCUAUAUGGAUACGUGUCAGCAAAGAUGCUCAGCAGGACUUGGAGAUAGACAGCAGCCUGUUUGCAGGGGCUAAUCUGCUGAUAGCUGUGGGCUCCAUCAUCAUGGUCCUUGGGUUUCUGGGGUGCUGUGGUGCCAUAAAGGAGAGCCGGUGUAUGCUACUGUUGUUUUUUAUUGGACUGCUUCUGAUCCUGAUCCUUCAGAUCACAGCAGGUAUUUUAGGAGCAGUGUACAAAUCUCAGGCUGAAAAAUCCCUUAAAGAGGCUCUCCAGGCAGCUGUGAGUUCAUUGCAAAGCUCUACAGAACAAGCUAAAGUGUUUCAAGAGAAAUUCCAGAAGUUUGAGAGAGAGAACAAGUGCUGUGGUUUGCUGAAUGGACCUGAAGACUGGGGAAAAAAUUUUAAUACUGGUAGCAAUAAAGUCUGUGAGUGUGAAGUAAAUAGCCGAUCAACAGACCUCUGCAGGGUCUAUCGAAGCAGAUCCGUUUAUAAAACGCCUUGUGGAGAUGUGAUUCUUGAAUACAUUAAAGACCAUCUGCUUAUAGUUGUGGGGAUUGCCUUUGGACUGGCCGUUAUUGAGAUUAUUGGUUUGGGGUUUUCUAUGAGCCUCUACUGCCAGAUCCAGAGAAAAUGA